AUGUAUCAGAAUGGAAGGAGAAAUAGUAUUAUGGUACUAAUGCAUUGCGUUUUUGCUAGAGCUUCUAAAGAAGUUGCAAUUCAAGGCAUCCUCUGCAGGGAGGCUGUUCCACAGUUGAGUUGUCCAGUUGUAAAUAGAUAUUUGUUACACUGGCAAGGUGAUGCAAUCAGUCUCUUACUUUUAAAGAAUCAGUCAAAUCCUAAAUUGGAAAGUCCACAUGUAGCUCAUUUACAAGUAGACUGUCCUUAUCGUCUUGACUGGAAACAGCUGGCAACUGAGACAAGCAGUGGGCGUGGCCUGUGUCUUCACCUAGAACUUUCAGUUUGCGACUGCAACAGAAAUAGCGAUGAUAUCAGAAGACAGGAGGUGGUGGAAGGCGGCAGCUUCACGCUGACGUGUUAUGCACAAUCAUCAAAGUUGAAGGCGUAUCGGUUGUAUAUUCGAGCUGGAACACAGCGUCCGCAGGUACUCAGCUCAGGACGUCGAUUAGUCGUCGGGGAGCCAAGAAUAUCACUGGAAUCCAAGCCGGAGGGAGACACUGUGGCCCUGGAACUCACGUUUUCGGACGUCCGCCCUUAUGAAUCCGGUCUCUUCAUGUGCUGGAGGCAAGGGCAGAAGCCAGACCCUCAGGUCUUGAUCACGGUCUUAGAACCAGGAACGGCACCCGAGAAGCAGGUCAUCAGGUAUUCAGAAGGACCGUCUGAGGUGAAGUUUGGCAACUCUGCCACUUUCUUCUGCAUCAUUACUCCUCCUUGGCCUGUCAAGGUAACGUGGUACAAGAAUGGCGAGGAGAUCGACACAUCAGAUCGGUUCUACACGCAGAAUGUCGAGAGGACAUCGGAUGCUGUCGGGGACAGACAAAUCCAGGAGGAGAAGCUCGUCGCUACUCUGACAGUGACUUCUAUCAGGAGAGACUCCGUCUUCUCCUGUCGAAUUGACAGUGAACCUCCUGACCAGAAGGACAUGCCCGUGAAAGUCCUGGUGCCCCGAGUCGAAACCUUGACAACAGAUCCGGACAAGGACAUUGUGGAAUACGGACAACCCUUGGCCAUCACUUGCGUCGUCUCAGGCACCGAUUCGGAGAUCCUCUGGUUGAAAGAUGGGUCGAAGCUGGCCUUUGGCUCUCACACUCCUGGAAGGGAGAUCUACGCGUCGGCCGAGGACGCGAACAGAUUCGGAUCGACUGUGUACAUAGAGUCGAUGACCUUCAGAGAUAACGGACACUACGUCUGCUACAUUCCAGGCGCUUCCAGGAACAUCCUCAUCAACAUCGAGGGACGCACUCCGAGGCUCCUUGGUGUCACAGGAGGAGACUUCUUCGAGGACGAAACACUGGUACUUCGUUGCAGCAUGCAGUAUCUGAGGCAUUCUCAGCCUGGCAACUUCCGGUGGCAGUACGAGGGGGAAGAACUCGACCCAAACUUCUUUCAGGUCAAGGAAUACCAAACCGAGUACAAUGUCACUGUUCACGAACUGUCAGUCCCGAAAGCAAACGAGGACAACUCGGGGACUUACGAGUGUAUCACACCGUACGGGUCGGCUUCCAUAUCAGUCAACAUGUUCGUGCCUCCGUCCCUUGGGGAACCUCUGCCUUCGGAGGUCCGAGUGAGAGAAGGCGAUACCAUACAGGUAUCCUGUAAAGCUGUUGGAUCUCCCCCACCUACCAUCACUUGGGAAAAGAGAAUAGGAACCGCCAGUGAAAAGUGGGUGCCGGUGGACAACGUGGGCGGGGUGGAGGUGGGCGCCGACGGGGAACUGAGGAUACCUGCGGCUUCGAUGGGCGAUUCCGGUAAUUACAGGUGCGCCGCUCAGAGCGAAGCUGGGUCCUUCCUGGCUGAUGUGAUCGUCGACGUUAUCCGUGCUGGACCCGAAGUGUUUGACAUCAUAGCUCCUCCAAUUGUGAUCGUAGGGGACAACUUUACAGUCCAAUGUACAGUUAUUAACUGGGAUGGAGAGGUUGACUUCAAGUUCCACAAGGCAUCCGUGAAGUCCCUGGACAACAGCCGGUACCAAGUGGACUCCUACCCGACGGAGGAGGGCAUGACCCAGGUCUACCUCACCAUUAAGGACGCCACUUUAGAGGACGCUGGGCCCUACAGUUGCAACGCCGGGUCUUACGCCUCCUCGUCUACUGUCGUCGAGGUACACGACCGCCCUGCAGAAGUUCUAGACAUUUUCGCCUCUCCGGCAAUCACAGGAAGGGAUUUCUUUAUCACCUGCAUCGUGCUCAACGGGCCCAAUAAGGUUAGCUUCCAUAAAGAUGGAGUGCAGCUUCCAGAGCACGAAGGCUCCAGAUAUACCGUCCAGUCCACAGUCUCCUCCCUGGAAGAGAUGACCCACAUCCUCAAGGUGACCUCAGCUAGGGCCGCUGACCAGGGGGUCUACGAGUGCGUGGCUGACGAAUUAGGGAGAAGUUCGUUGCACCUCGUAGUAGAAGCGGCCAAAGAUGAAGUCCUGAGCGUGGAGGCAUCCUCGGCCGUCAUAGGACGAGACUUCAACGUCACCUGUACGGUGAAGGAGUGGGACGGAGAGGUCACCUUCAUCCACAACAACGUCGUCGUCGACAGCAACAAGGACUGGAGGUACGAAGUCCACACUCAGCCUCUGGGCAUUGGUGACAACACGGUCGUUCAUACUCUGGCUGUCUCUGGUGUGACAGAGAAUGACUCUGGGACCUACGAGUGCUACACGACUCCUCAGACGUACCGGAGUGUCGAAGUGACGGUUUGGGAUCUGGUGAAGGUGGACCUCGAGCUUCAAGUGAAAGAUCGUCCGAAUUGGAGGGACUCUCCAAUCCCCAUCAACUGUCGAGUGGAUGGAGUCGAUCCAGACUCGGUGACGGUCCUCUUCUCCCAUUUCGACAACCCACAAGUGUCCAUCCAGAACCGCACCAAGAUGGCGACCUCCGACCACCUGGUCAACAUCGCUAUCAGCGAGAACGAGCCCAGGGCGGCGGGGUCGUUCAGCACGACCUUCACCCUCGGCUUCUACACCCUCAGCUCUGACCUGUCCGGCAUCUGGUCCUGCCAGGUCAUGCUGCCUAGCGGGCACGUGCUGGGUGACGAUACCCUCUACCUGGAAAUUGAGGAGCCCCCAGAAUUCGUGGAGAAACUCCCCGAGGAGGUUCCAAGUGACAGCGACCAGGAUCUGGUGUUGAAUUGCUCCACCAGAGGGUCACCAGAGAUCGUCGUCUCCUGGCACAAUGCCGGGAUCCCAGAGCCCAUUGAGCGUCGCCGACAGUCCGCCACCCUGUUCAUCCCUGCCUUCACUGCUCAGGACGCAGGAGACUACUACUGCAGUGCCACAUUCCUGGACAGGGAAAUCCGGGCCAAGACGAAGCUCGUACUAAGAACCCCGAAGCCUCGAGUUGUGUCUGUGACAUCAGAGCCUGUCACUAUUGGUGCGGACAUCGUCGUCAACUGCACUGUCUCAUACUGGACUGGACCGGUCCUCUUCCUGCACAACUCGGAGUCAGUCGACUCCACGGCGCCAAACUCCCGGUACAGCUCCAGGAAGAAGUCCCACGGGCGUCGGGAGCCAAACUUCGUCACCCAUACCCUCCUCAUCAAGGACUCGGCCCUGAGUGACGCCGGCCUCAUCGAGUGCUUCAUCUCCUUCGAUGAGUUCGGGUCGACAAACGUCACAGUCCUGAAAGAAGGAGAAGGAAAAGGAGAAGAGGAAGAAGAAGAAGAAGAAGAAGAAGAAGAAGAAGAAGAAGAAGAAGAAGAGGAAGACUAUGAAGAUGAAGAUGAAUUUGACAUCAAAAGGCACCCGAUCUCGGUUGAAAUGCAAGGCCCUGAGUCGGUUCAGGAGGGCGGGACCCUGACACUCACCUGUAUCAUAAACUCAGGUAUUCACCAGGAGGUGAUUCUGGUCCAUAACUCGACCAUCCUACACGCCGGAGGUACUAGGAUCACCCACGACCCUCGUUCGGACGUCGUCACCGAUCUGGGACCUGACGGAGCCAAGUUCGUCUACCUGACGAUUAGGGAGGUUAACCCAGACGACAGCGGGAAUUAUCAGUGUAGCACGUUAACCGAACCUCCCGUGGAAGCAUUUAUAGAUGUCAAGAUACUUUUAGGUCCCCCAGUGACUCCAGAAGUGCAUCAUGUGUGUGGCUCCUACUCCACCUGCGCCGACUGCGUCACUGCCAAGCCCUCCUGCAGGUGGCAUCUGGGGGAACACAGAUGUCUCAAGGACCUAGAAGAAGGUUCUGACGUAGACGCCAUCAUCUAUGGGCAAGAUGAAGGAUUCACUCAGAGGCGUUCUGGGAAGGAAAACUGCCCUGCCAUCGCAAGAGAUCCUCCCGAAAUCCUGGUGUCCAAAGGAAGGAGUUGGUCCGUCAACCUCGACAGUAAGAAUAUUGGAGAGGAGAAAACGUUCGACGACGCCAAAUUCCAGUGCCAGUUCCUGAUGGAGGGUCAUCAAACAGUCGCCAAGGCUCGCCUCUGGUACGACCACAUCUACUGCAAUGAGGUCGUGUUCGACUACUUCUCCGACACGGAUGAGUUCCACGUCCCCCUCAGGGUAUUUUGGGGCGAGGAGGGCCAACCGCGCUACAUCGGUAAUCCGGAUGAUGUCCAUGUGAAGGUAUACAGCUGCAGAAGAAAGGCAGACACCUGCGACAGCUGCCAGGCUCUUUCGGCAAAGUACAGGUGCGGCUGGUGUGGUCUGAGUAACUCCUGUGAGUUCCACAGUGACUGCCCUGAGGAAGAACUGAUUCAGCCUGGCAGAUCCUGCGCACCGGACGUUACCUCAGAGAAGUUCACCCUGGCCGGUCCUCCUGAAAUGGAAGUUUUUGCCAGACCUUCUGAUAGGGUCGUCCUUCCUUGCACAGCAGGAGUGUCGUUCGAUAUGGAGGCUGGAUACUGGGCUCGCGAAUACGACAUCAGCUGGGUCAGAGUCUCGGACGACGAGGUGGCCAAAGUGUCCGAAAACAGCGACUUAGACAUCAGCUCCUACGACCGGCCCAGGUUUACCCUCGACACCGACGCCGCCGGGUGGGAGGGGGGUCAGGCCACCAAAUACGACCUGGUGAUUGACCCCGUCCAGCUAGGAGACUUCGGGCUGUACAAGUGCGUCCUCUCCGACAGGAAGAACUCGACGGUAUCGAAAGCUGUUGUCUUGUCCGCUGAGGAAGGAGAAGUGUCUUACGACAGAUGCGAAUUCCCUGACCUCUGGAGGGGGCAUUGGCACGCCACAUACGACGACUUCGCCAUCACUGCCACCAACAUGGGCAGUGCCCAGUGCACAGCCUCCCUCAAGAAUAAGUAUCUGCUGAGGAAUGAAGACUAUGGCUGCAACAUGUGCUUCAUCAUUAACGAGAAGCAUCCUAACUUGCUCGAAUAUAAGGAAUCGCCCUGCAUGGACGAGGAGGACCUGAACACCUUGUGCUCUCUGGUGGACGACUUCAACCUGACCCUCCUGAAGAAGAAGAACGUGGUCUCCCAGUGCCCCUUCCCCAGCAGGAGGACCUUCACCUACCGGCAGCCUGACGAGGUUUGCGAGGACCUCCCCUCCACCAUGAUUUCCGGCAGGAACAACACCGAGUUGGUCUUCUGGUACCAGCCCUGCGAAGGCAGUGAGGACGAGUAUUACUCGAGCAAGGUCGAGUGCAUCGCCACCUGGAGGGAAGGGGAAUAUUCCUACCUCAUGGGCAAACUCGAGAAGCUGCCCGACAGGAACGAGAGGUACAGGUGCUUCACUUACAAGGAGGUACAGGACGAGGACCACAUGUACGAGAUGAGAGAGGCCAGGGGCGGAACCUGCGUGGCCUUCGGCGAGAAUUUCGACAAGUCUUACAAGAUCUUCGACGCUGCCAUCGAGCCUGGGCAGCCUGUCAUCGAAGGCUUCGGGUCCUCCAUCCAAGUGACGGAGGGCUACUCCAUCCAGCUGAAGUGCUCCAGCUACGGCGGAUUCCCCCUGGCUACCCUCAGGUGGCUCCGCAAUGGCCAGGAAAUAACCUCGGCCAGACGUCUGCUGGAGGACAGGUCAGAGGCCGUCAUCAGCGUCCAAGUGGGGCCUUUCGAUGAUGGCGUGCGGUAUACCUGCGAAGCGACGAACACCGCCACGACGUCGGCCCUCACCGUCAGCACGGUCCUGACUUUCAGCAGAGAUGAGUGCCAGAUGCCCUCAGAAUGGGCAGGGAAGUGGUACGAGGUCACCAGCGACAGAUACGUGGACAUCACUCAGUUUGAAUUCAGCAACAGCCCCUGUUCCGCCUCCCUGGGCCAGAAUUACCUCCUCCAUGAUAAGAGAAAGGAAUGCAACCGGUGUGUCAUUAUCACAGAGAAACAUCCCAAUAUCUUGACAUACAGGAGAUCUAGAUGCAAGCCUCUGGAAGACCUCGGCCAACUCUGCACGGAGGUCAUGAGCGAAAACCACACUUUGGUGCGCAUAGAUGGGGUCACCAGAUGCCCCUGGGACGGCUCAAGGUCCUUCACCUACCAGACGCCCCACGAAAGCUGCAGUCAGGAGCCAUCGCAGAUGUACUCUCUCGAAAAUAACACCGAGUUGAUGAUGCUCUACAAUCCCUGCGCGGAGCAGCAGAGGGAGCCUGAUGGAACUCCUAGACCUGAGAGACUACGUUGCGUAGCGGACUGGAGUGACGACAACGCCCACAGGUAUUUCAUGGGGAAACUGAUCACAGACGAGUACAGCACCGACAUCUACCGUUGUUUCACUUACCAGCGAGACGAGGAUGGGCGGAAGCUCUUCAGGGGUAGCCGGGUGGACACGGGAGUUUGUAGUCCCACUGUGACGAGGUCAGAUGCCGAAUACACCUAUGACCUGUUUGGAUUGUCCGAGGCUCCCAGCGCCCCCAUCAUCGAAGGCUACUCCCCGAAGGACACCGUCCAAGUGGGUGACGUCCUCAACCUGAAAUGCGUCACCUACGGCGGAUUCCCGCACCCGAAGGUGCGGUGGUUCAAGAACGGAGAACCCGUCGAGAGCCGAAGUCACAGCCAAGGGGAGAGGCACGAAGCCGAACACAGCCUCUACGUCACGGAAUCGGACAAAGGCAGCCGCUACCAGUGCGUUGUCUCCAAUUACGUCACCAAGCCGAAGCUGACUGUCUCUGUGACGCUUAAUGUUCCAUGGAGAAGUAACACUACCACUGACAACAACAACAAUAAUAAUAAUAAUAAUAAUAAUAAUAAUAAUAUCUGUAUUCCAGAAGUGCACUCAAUGCUCAAGGAGCCAAGAGAGACUCACCAGACGGUCAUGCCAUCAUAUAAGGUCACCAUGAACUGCACUGCCAUGCUCUCAAUGAAUAUUGAGCAGUACUGGGAUCUUCCAUUUAAAAUGCGAUGGGUCUACUACCCAACGAGAGGUGAGCCCAGGUCACUAUCAGACAUGCACCUCCUGCAGUACAAUGACGGUAGGUUCUCCCUCGACAUCGCCAACAUGGAGAAGGAGGACAUGACCCGGUAUAACCUCGUCCUCGACCCUGCCCGCCUGAGCGACGAGGGCAUCUACGAGUGCCACAUGUGGGAUGACGUCCAGACUUACUCCCACCAAGUUCACCUGAAGGUCGCUGGGACGCCUGAGUAUGUGUCCUGUGAUAUCCCUAACCACUGGAGUGACAAAUGGACUGGUCAGCACGAAGAAUACCAGAUUAAAGGCAACGAAAUAAGUGAGAAGUUGUGUGAAAAGUCUGUUGACAAUAGAUACCUGCUUAGGAACCAGUACCACGAGUGCAACCAGUGUAUUUACAUUGAAGAGAAGCACCACAACUUGCUCCGUAUCAAAGAAUCCCAAUGUUCUGAAGAAGAAGAUUUGGCCGUCUUAUGUUCUACGAUUGACUACGACUGGAGCUGGUUGGUGAGACAAGAGGCCUCUGCUCGGUGCCCCUUCCAAGGUCGCCCUCGACCCUUUGGCAUUCGAGGGAGUGGUAGUUCUAACUUCGAAGGCUGCAAUGGAAGACCCAACAAGUUGUUCUUGGACAGAGAAGGCACCCAGUUGGUCUUCGAAAAUCACAAGUGCUCUGAUCAGCUAUUCCAGAGGAACAGUGUUGAAGAAGAUCGCGUGGACUGUCUGGCAACAUGGAGCGAGGGCUCGACCCAUCACCUCAUGGGGACUUGGCGCAAUCCACUGGACCCAAGGCAGGAGGAGCUUCGGUGCUACACGUACUCUGAGGUUGAUGAUGCCUUUGAAAAUCACGCCUUUGACUUGAGUCACUCUGGGUCCAGGACGUGUGGUCCCCUCCACAAAGCCCCGGAGAGAUCGUUCAAAGUUUAUGAUGAAUCAGUAGCUCCAGGGAAGCCUACGAUCCAAGGUUACGACCCAGCUGGACACAGAGAAGUUGGGGACACCCUGACCCUGACCUGUACGAGCAGAGGUGGAUUCCCACCAGCAGUUCUCAGGUGGUUUAGAGGCAAGGUCGAGCUACCAUCUGACUUCCAGUCGAUUGGCAACGCCACGGAAUCGAAGCUGGAGGUCGAGAUCGAGGAAGAGGAAGUAGUCUACCGUUGCGAAGCGUCGAAUAUGGCCACUCCCGAAGACGAUCCCCUUGUGGAUAGUAUUGCCAUCACUUCUCUCAAAGGUGUGACGAGACUCAUGCGGGCACAAGUUUCAGCUGUUGAGGGCCAAGAUGUCUUUAUCCCCUGCGGACAUAUUCUGGAACCCAAUUUGGAGCUGGAAUGGUACGACGCAGACUUGGACGUCAAGCUGACGUCAGGAAACAAGAGUUCUGGUCAGUAACGACUCUCUCAGUGACGAACCCAAGUACGUCCCUUACUUCAAGGGGGAUUUGUUGGUCUCAUUAUCAAGUCCGGGUUCCUCGACACCAAUUACGGCUGCGUGGUGGAGGGACAGAAGGUCGGGAACACCACCCUGACGAUACUGCCUGCGUUCCUCGUCACCAGGCAAGACUAUGACAUCAGCGAGUAUUUUGAAAAGACGGAGACGAUGGUUGACGCCAACCACAACAGCGUUGCCAAACUGAACUGUACUUUGAAGCCAGGAAUCAAUCCAGUCACGGUCAGCUGGAGACGGGAACCCAGCUCAGCUCUGGUAGCGCAGGAUGACAUAAGCCUGGCAGAGGAAGAUGGCUUCACUGUCGAACAGAAUGGCUCCUCUUACGUUCUCAAAAUCGGGAAAGCAGAUCUCAGCCAUUCUGGGGAGUAUGCCUGCCAAGUUAUAGUGGACAAUGAAGUGUUCAUCAACAACUAUACCUUGACUGUGCAAGAUGUUCUGAAGGGGAAUCUUAGCUCCGAGACGAGAAUACCUUGCCUGGCACCUGCUGAGUUGCCAGUGAGUUUCAUCUUCAAGGAAGACGUCAUCACGAAAGAUACACGCGCCAAAAAGAAAUACGACUGGGAAACGAAGUACGCAGCGCCCGGGGCCAACGAGAGUCUGACCACACUUAUCAUCAAAGACACGAAAGAAGAAGAUGCUGGUGUUUACAUCUGCGUCAAUGAAGAGGUUAACGAGGAAGUCAUAAGGAAAAUCAACCUGGGAUUCGCUUCAGAGGUGAUGUUGAACGUCAGCAACCUAAGAGUUGUGGAAACAACGGGAACCGACGUUGAAAUCGCGUGGGAUCCCCCGACUGGGGAUCCGUUCGCCAAUAUAGAACUUUACGAGGUCAUGUCCUUCAAGAAAGGCGAGGAGAGCGAUGCAGUCACACACGUGACCCGGGAGGAGAACUACAUGUUCCUGUUCUUGGAAGAAGAAGUCGAGUACGGAUUCCGGGUCAGGGUCAAGACUGACAUGGGAUGGGGUGCCUUCACUAACCCCACCUUCCAGAAAACUGGGAAGCUGUUUGAAGAAGACGUUCCUUUUAGAACACCAACUAUUGUGGAUGACAUUUCAACAAGCUCCCCCUCUCACGGAUUCAACGGCCUAGUUCCACAGAUGCCACGACGGACACUGGAGAGGAAGAGGACGUGGCCUCCAGAGGGAGAGGUCUUCCCUGGCACUGAGGUGACCCCUGAGGAGGAGGAGAAGAAGAAAGAGGAAGAGGACGAGGAGGAUUAUGAGUAUUACUACGAGGAGGAGGACCUGGUUCCUGCUGUUACUUAUGAGAAGGUGGUUCUGCCCUGUGGGAACUACACGAAUGUGGAUGAUCUCACGUGGAAGCGAGGGAGAGAGACUCUCAUCCUGGCAGGAUUGGACAUUGCAGGAAUCAAGGGCCUCUUGCACUCGCCUGACGGGGGCCUGGUUUUGGCAGAGGGCCCUGUCAAGGACAUCAGGGACAACGACACUUACACUUGCUACCAUCUGGACAAAACGACGUUUGAGGACGUCCCUGUGGUGUCGUAUCACGUCCACCUUGAUGGGGAGAAAACAAAGGUCGAAGAGGAGCAGGUAACUAGUACCACGCCCCCAAGCAUUCAGCUGGAGCUGGUGGAGAAAAUCGCUGUCUUGGCCAACUCGGAGCGAGGCGGGAUACAGAUACUAGAGAUCCUCCAGUCUGGCGGAUUAGACGUGAGGUUGUUGGACUCCUCAAAAUGCAAUGUGACGGAUGUAAGAGGUUGGGACAAGGCAGAGAGGGCUAUACAGAACUGUGAAGCAGCAGCGAGGCAGUCUGGAGACCUCACCGAGGGCGAAGGGAUAUUCAUAGGUAUUGAUUUCUUCGUGGAAUUGACUCCGUCGAGCUGGUUUGCUGUGACCCAGCUAUACUUACACAACAUGGAGAAAGACGUCUCGGUCUUCGUCUUCACGCCAAUGGUACCUGUGCCCAUUCAGGACGUUAUAGAAUCAUCAGAUCCCAGUAAACCAGAUCUCAUACAGGUCACGGACACCUGGUGGAACACAGUGCAGGGCGUGAACAAGUCCGGGGGGAGCGGCCUCAUGGCCUCCAUCCUCUCCCUGCAGGAGUCGUACCUCAAUCGAAUCAAGUCGAAGUCCUUGUAGCCUCGGACGCGGCGUCCUUGAGACCCCUGGAUGGAUCGCUGGAGCUUCUCGCAGCCAUAAUUUUCAUCACUGAACUUCUGGGAUCCGUUUAUGAUUAUUUUCUAUUUUUCAUUGUUGCACCGGUCCCACCAAAUCACUACCAGUAUUAUAUUCUCUAUAUUCUCUAUUAUGAUCAUUAUUGUUAUUUUUAUUAUUAUUAUUAUUGAUUAUAUCAUGAGGACAUUGUUAUCUUUUCAUCUAGUGUCAGUAUCACAUUUCUGUGUUUUUGUUUUUAUUUUUUCAUUUUUCUGAUUUUAUUUGAUUUUAUUUUGGCUUAAAGGAUGAACAUAGUAGAAGCGUAUUUCAAAUACCUCUUAGAUUAUGGCAGAACUUCUAUUGCGUGUGUGUGUUGUGCAUGUUUGCGUGUGUGUGUGUGUGUUGUGUGUGUGUGCGAGAAGAAUGUUUAAUAAUCUAAGAAUCAUUUCCUGUAGUAGAAGUAGGUUAGUAGACAGAAGAUGUUAAAAUCAAACUAGGCUGUAUUUUGAUAUUUCAUCAAAAAUGAUUUUCUACACUACAUUCCCUAAAAGGUUCGCCGAACAUCUUAGUAUAAUGAAAUGAUCUGUUUAUGUUAUUUCAUGAUUUUCUUGAGACAUUUUGCAUGAGUCUGUUUAUCUCUCAUAUACCUGGUCUCUGUUCUCCUGAGGUGACGAAAAUAUAGCUUUUAUAUUACAAAAUAGUUAAGGAUUUUUCUACUUUUGUGAUGUUCAAAACACACUGGAUUUUAUGCUAACAAUGACUGUUAUGUUUUGUGGAAGCUUUCCAAACAAAAAAACCAAAGUUUUUCAUGAGUAUUUUGAUGUCAAAUUCACCCGUUUCUCAAAGUCAGGUGUGAAUUAACGAGUGAAAAUCCUGCGCAAAAUCAUUGUUAAAAAAAUGAAUGUCAAAUUAAAAAAUGCCUUUUGUAUCCCAGGAAUCAGAUUUGAACUCGAAACCUUCCAGGAUGAUAUAGAAAUCAUGAUUUCUCUUUCCCUUAGAUUAUUUCUAUUUAUUGACUUCACUUUUUUUUUUAAAUUUGUUUGUUUGUUUGUAGCUUCUUUGAAGGCAGACGUUUAUUUUUCUAUGCACCAGAAAGCCUUGAGUUUGCCACGUCAAUGAUACGAGAGAUCUUGAAAGAAUAAUAGAGUUAUGGAUUAUU